CCAACCCCAAAGUCCUUAUAUUUACCCUACAAACUCCUCUUCUCUUCUCCACAUACAAAAAUCCCUUCAAAUAAACCAUCACAAAAAAGAAAAAAGAAAAGAAAAAAACAACAUAAUGGCCACUCCCCAUGAAUCCCAUUCCCAAGUUUCUCUUACAAAAUUUCUCACUGUCUUUCCCAAAACCUUAAACCCUCCAAAACUUUUGGAGCUUUCAAAUUUAGAUAGGCAGUGUCCAUUACAUAUGUACCUUAUUUUCUUCUAUAACCCUUCUUCUGUUUACUCAAACUCAUCACUUGAUUUAGUGUUCACCAAAUUGAAGAUAGGUCUAGAACAGACCUUGUCGAUUUGGUUUCCAGCAGCCGGUCGGUUGGACCGAAACUCUACCGAUGGCAAGCUGAAUCUCCGGUGCGAUAACCGCGGUGCAAUUCUAGUUCAAGCAAUCACAAAUGUCAAGCUUUCAGAACUUGGAGAUCUCUCAAAUUACAAUGAGUUCUUUGAGAACUUGGUUCAUAAACCUGUUUUGAAUGGCAAUUUUUCUGAAUUCCCUUUGGUUGUGGCUCAGGUGACAAGAUUUGGGUGUGGAGGAUAUGCCAUAGGAACAGGAAUAAGCCAUUCAUUAUUUGAUGGACCAGCUGCAUACGACUUUCUAAGUGCAUGGGCAGCAAACUCAGCCAUUUUCAAGGACCAUCAAUAUGGAGGUGAGUUAUUGCAUAGGAUCAUCAGCCCAAUGCAUGAGAGAGGGAGGCUUUUGACGGGUAGCGUUGCAAAUCGAUGUUCGAGGUCGGGGACGGGAACGGUGGCGGUGGCGAUCGAUCAUUUGUAUAAGUUGAUAAUGCAAAGUGCAAUGGGGAAUGAGGAGGAAGUGGGGAAGAAGGAAUAUGUUUGUAAAACAUUUAGAGUGAAUAGAGGGAUGAUUGAGAGGUUGAAGAAGAAUGCUUUGGGGGAAAAUGGUGUUGCUGCUGCCUUUGCUUGUUCUUCAUUUGAUGUUAUUGCUGCUCAUCUAUGGAAGGCAAGGACCAAGGCUUUGUCUGUGAGCAAAGAAAAGAUGGUAUGCUUACAAUUUGCAGUGGACGCCAGGAACAAACUGAUGCCUCCUCUGCCUAAAGGCUUCAGUGGCAACGCCUUUGUGCUUGCCUCAGUUGCCUUAACUGCAAAACAAUUAGAGGAAGAAAGCUACAAAACAAUAAUCGAAAUGAUUCGAAACGCCAAGUCCCAAGUCGACAACGAUUACAUCAAUGCAUACCAACACGGCCUUGAAGGCCCUCAGGCUUCACUUCCUCCUCUCAAGGAACUCACUGUCGUAUCAGAUUGGACCAGAAUGCCAUUCCACAAAAUUGAGUUCUUACAUGGACAAGCUACCUAUGCAUCUCCAUUGAAGCCACCGAUCCUCGAGGUCGCUUACUUUCUGCAGAACCCCGCAGAUAGCCAGGCGAUCGAUGUUCAUGUCCCUUUGCUCGAGCAUACUUUUGAUGCUUUCUCUUCCUACUUCUUGACUAGGAUGCAGUAAGCUUCAAAGUUACUCUUCUUAUCCC